CCUAAAACCCACCACUUUCCUUCUCUACCAUACUCACUCCUCAGUACUUACGCUUUGUUGACUCGGUACACACCGAGUCCUUUAUUCAUACCUUGCCCACUUGCACCCUAGUAGUCUACCCCAGGCAAGUAAACUAUUCAUCGUACAGCAGCCAACGGCCAUGACCGGAGGUACCAUUCUGCAUCUAAUCACUAUGGUCGUCCUGAUCACCGCCGCCACAUCACAGGCUCCUCCCACUAAAUACAUCAACCACACCGUCGGUGACAAUGCCGGCUGGUUCUUCAAUUCCACCACCAACACCACUGCCACUAACUAUUCCUCUUGGGCUGCCUCCCAAACCUUCAAUCUCGGCGACUAUCUUAUUUUCAAAACGAGCUCAAAUCAGACGGUGAUCCAGACCUACAAUCUGACAACAUUCAAAAACUGCUCAAUCGAUGACACGUCAUAUACCGAUACCUUCGUCUACAACGGAGGCAACACGGUUUUUAAUCAAGCGUUUACCAUAAUUGUACCGUUGACUAUUCAAGGUCCGAAUUAUUUCUUCUCCGAUGCUAGUGAUGGCAUUCAAUGCCAGCAUGGAUUGGCCUUUGAUAUCAACGUUAGUCGCGGCCUUGGAUUGCCUCCCAGUCUUAAUCAGCCGCCCCCUCCACCGUACAGGGAGCCUCCAGGUCCCGACUCAGGUUAUCCGCCGAUCACUAUUCCGGCCAAGGGAGAGGGGGCAGGAAAUAGUGGAUUUAAAAACGGGGCCAGCGUGCAAGUGAUUGCGUCUGUGAGUUUAUUUGCUUUGCUGGCAGUCAAUGUUGGGGAUAGGGGUGGUAUUUUUUGAGUUGUUUGGUGUUGGAUUGGUAAUUGUAUACAUAUGUAAUGGGGAUUUUUUGUUAUGUUUGGGUGUUGAUUUGAAGAGAGGUUUUUUCCUGAAUUAUUUUAUUCGUGAAUUGAAAAAAAUUUGGAUGUACUUUGUAAUUUUUAUAAACUGAAAUGAAAAGAUCAAACAUAUACUUUGUUUUCA